AUGGGUAUCCAUUCGGUCUGCCAGGCCUGCGCCCACCUGCAGAACUCCUCCCGCGCCCGCCUGGGACUCACCUCGAUCCCCAACACCAAGUAUAACCUCCGGCUGAUGCUGGCCAUGCACCGGGCAGGUCUAAUCUCAUCGGUGACGCGUGGCGGUCCGAGACCCCCAUCGCCGGAAGAGCUCCUGACGCUCGAGACCGAGCCGGUCACCCCAGCCAACGUGGCCACGCGCCGCCUAUGGAUCGGGCUCAAAUACUGGAACAAUGAGCCCGUGCUGCGCAACCUGCAGCCCAUCUCAAAGCCGUCGCGGCUGGUGACGGCGAACCUGAAGGAGUUGAACUUGGUCGCGCGUGGGUUGCCUGUCGGUAUGCUCAAGGGGCUAACCAUGGGUGAAUCCUUGUUUUUGAGCACCGAUCGCGGCGUUCUGGAAAUCCGGGAGGCGUUGGAAAGGAAGGUUGGAGGACUGGUUCUCUGUCGGGCGUCAUAA